AUGGCGGGCAGCCCGAGCCCCUCUAGCCAGCCUUCAGCAUGGACUACGCACGACGACGGGGCCAGUAUGCGCGAAGCCCAGGAAGCCCUUGAGACAUACAAGAAGAAAGAUGCUGUAAAGGUGGUGGUGCGAUUCAAAGCAGUAGGAAAUGCCCCCAUCAUGAAGCAGAACUUCUACAAGAUCACCGCAUCGAACCGGUUCCAAGCCGUGAUACAAUUUUUGCGAAAGGAGUUGGGCUGGAAAGCUGGGGAUCCACUGUUCACCUAUAUCAACCUCGCCUUCUCCCCCGCUCCAGACGACACUGUCUCUAAUUUGUUCAAGUCAUUUGCGACGGACGGGCAUCUAAUAGUUAACUAUAGUACUACUGCUGCUUGGGGCUGA